AUGUCCGAAGCAAAGAUGAAAGACGACGAUCAGACAAAAGAAGAAUCCUUUCAAGAACGUCUCACGAUGGACGAAACUGAAGUGUCACCUAUACGCAAGACAGAAGUCAAGUCUUCUCAAAAGAAGAAAAAUGCCACAACUACAUCUAAAAAACGACACAAGAAAACUUCCAAGACAGCAGAUGGGACCGAUGAGGAUAAAGCGAUGGAUAAAAGGGAAGAAGUAUCUAUCAAGAAAAGUCAUUCCUCAAAAAAUGGAGGCAAAUCCGUUUCUGCAAGAAAAGGAGCAUCGACACCUGAAGAAGAUAAAAUGAUUAUGGAAGGAAUGGCAGAGCUAGCAGGCGAAGCGGAAAAGGGUAAGUGGAAGGCUUUAGCUGAUAGAAUGGGGAAUGGCAGAAAUGCCGAUUUCGUGAGACAACUUUGUGCAAAUGUAUGCCCACCCGGUAAGGAAUUUAAUUCAAUCAAAAAAUUCAUUAAACUCCAGCUGAUAAGCAACAAUAGUUGUUUGAUCAAAGAGUUGGUGUAG